GGGCUGCAGGCUAGGCUGCGCCCCUCCGAAGGAUGCCGGCUGCGCUCCGUGCUGCGCCCAGCGCCCUGAGCUCGGGGCUGGGCAGCGGCGGCUCGGCGGGAGGGCGGCUGUAGCUGCGCAACCCCCGGGCUGUGGGCCAGAGGCGGUGGCUGGGGCCGCAGGUGUGACUGGGCCAAAGGGAGCAACGUAGAGUGGUGCUGAAGGGGACAGCUCCCACCGGCUGCGCUCCGGGAGCUCGGCACUCCGCCCUUCCUUGCCCCGCCCCUCCCCGUCCAGGGUCCAGCCGCGAACAGCGGGCACAGCGGGAGCAGCGCGGACUCCGGCGCCAGCCCAUGGUGCCAGGGGCUGCUGGCCGCGCAGAAGCUGCGGCGGCCAGCGGCGUGGCGGGGAUGCCCCGCGGGUGAAGCAGCCCCCGCCCCAGCCGCGUUCAUGGCGGUGGCCAGGAAAAUCAAAACUUUGCUGACGGUGAAUAUCCUGGUGUUCGUGGGCAUCAUUCUCUUCUCCGUCUAUUGCCGGCUGCAGGACCGCUCCCAGGAGCUGGUACAGAUCGUGCGCAGCGCCGACCGCCGGGUGCGCAGCCGGCACGCCAGGGCGGGUGUGAUCCUGGACCGGGAGGCCAUCCUGCAGCGGCUCGACCACCUGGAGGAAGUGGUCUACAACCAGCUCAAUGGUCUAGCCAAGCCCAUGGGUCUGGUGGAAGGGCCAGGAGGACUAGGCCAGGGUGGCAUGGCAGCCACACUCCGAGAUGACAGCCAUGAGUCUGAAACCAAAUAUGAAGAAUAUGGCUACAAUGCACAGCUGAGCGACCGGAUCUCCCUUGACAGGAGCAUCCCAGACUACAGACCCAAAAGGUGCAAACACAUAAUGUAUUCCGAGGACCUGCCCCAGAUCUCCGUGGUCUUCAUUUUUGUCAACGAAGCUCUCUCCGUGAUCCUUCGUUCAGUACACAGCGUUGUCAACCAUACUCCAUCUCACUUGCUCAAAGAGAUCAUCCUAGUAGAUGACAACAGUGAUAAUGUGGAGUUGAAAUUUAAUCUGGACCAGUAUGUAAAUAAGAGAUACCCAGGGCUGGUGAAAAUAGUCCGCAAUACCAAGAGGGAAGGACUCAUCCGAGCUCGCAUCCAGGGCUGGAAAGCAGCAACCUCUCCGAUUGUGGGUUUCUUUGACGCCCAUGUGGAAUUCAACAUUGGCUGGGCAGAGCCAGCCCUAACCCGAAUCAAAGAGGAUCGACGGAGGAUAAUCUUGCCUGCCAUUGACAACAUCAAGUACAAUACUUUCGAGGUACAGCAAUAUGCCAACGCUGCCCAUGGCUACAACUGGGGCCUCUGGUGCAUGUAUAUCAUCCCACCGCAGGACUGGCUGGACCGAGGGGAUGAGUCUGCACCGAUCCGGACACCAGCCAUGAUUGGCUGCUCAUUUGUGGUGGACCGGGAGUAUUUCGGGGACAUCGGUCUGCUUGACCCGGGCAUGGAGGUGUACGGUGGGGAAAACAUCGAGUUAGGAAUGAGGGUCUGGCAGUGUGGGGGCAGCAUGGAGGUACUGCCCUGUUCCCGUGUGGCCCAUAUCGAGCGCACAAAGAAACCCUACAAUAACGACAUUGAUUACUAUGCAAAGAGAAAUGCCCUGAGAGCCGCAGAGGUCUGGAUGGAUGACUUCAAGUCCCACGUGUACAUGGCCUGGAACAUCCCCAUGACGAACCCAGGAGUGGACUUUGGGGAUGUGUCUGAGCGCCUUGCUUUGCGUCAGAGGCUCCAGUGUCGCAGUUUCAAGUGGUACUUGGAGAAUGUGUACCCUGAGAUGAGGAUUUAUAACAAUACCAUCACCUACGGAGAGGUGAGAAACAGCAAGGCCAGUGGCUACUGCUUGGACCAGGGGGCAGAAGACGAUGAUAGAGCAAUACUAUACCCUUGCCAUGGGAUGUCCUCACAGCUGGUACGCUAUAGUGCUGAGGGUCUGCUCCAGCUGGGGCCCCUAGGUUCCACUGCCUUCCUGCCAGACUCCAAGUGUCUCAUUGAUGAUGGGAAAGGUCGGACACCCACCCUGAAGAAAUGUGAGGAUGUGUCCCGCCCUGCCCAGAGACUCUGGGACUUUACCCAGAAUGGCCCCAUUGUGAGCAGAGACACAGGACGGUGUCUGGAAGUGGAGAUGUCCAAGGAGGCUAACUUUGGUCUCCGAUUGGUGGUGCAGAGGUGCUCGGGACAAAAAUGGAUGAUUAGAAACUGGAUUAAACAUGGGCGACACUGAUGGGGAACCCUCUUACUCUCCUCAUGAAAGGAUAUCCUUCUCACUCUUCUUCCCAGACCUAGUGGUGAGAAAAACUAUGGGAAGGAGACAAGGGUGGCUUACUAAGGAUUAGAUCACCAAGCCUGGGGUCCCCACUGGCCCCACAGCUCUCCUGCCAUGGACACCAAGAAGGAAGAGGUCUCAUUCACUAUCUCUGGCCCAGGAUGGGACCAGCCAUUGGGCUUCCUGGCAGCCAUACUUCUACAGAGCAAUGGAAAACCCUCUUGACCCUGUGUGGAGUUCAAAGGGAACCACCAUAUCAAGAGAACCCUCUUUGGACAGAUGAUUCCUCAGCUUUAAAUUACUGGAUUGGUGCACAACUCCUCUGAUAAAGAAUCAUGUGCCUUUUCUACUCUAUUUCCUAUUUGAGCCACCUAGGACAGCUCCCCUCACUGGGAGGCAGCCACAUCUUCAGCAUGUAUGGACUUCUUGUGUUAAUGCCCCAACAUGUAGAUAAAUCCACUGUAAAAUUUACACCCUGGUCCAUCUCAAGGGUGGCUUCCUGGGAGUCUGUUUGGGAUCCAAAGCCCACAUCCCAGGGUACAGAUUACCCCAAGGCCAUGGCAUCUGUGGGCUUUCCUCUGCCGCUCUGGGACCCCAAUGAUGGAGCCAGGAAUUCAGCCAAUUACUGGCUGACUUGGCCAAUUUCCUCAUGUUCUUUGGAUUUCUUGAGCCACAAGGCACAGAGGAAUGGGCUCUGCUCCUAAGGGAUGAAUGAAGCAUUUGGUCUGUGCCCAGUGCCCUCCCUACACAUACACACGCGCACACACACAUACCCACAUACACACACUCAUUCUGACCCGAGGAAGCAGGGAGAAGAUGGCUCGGUCACCAGAUGUUCUGGCCCUUUUUGAGUCUGAGGCCAAGAAGCCAUUAGCUGGUGACUACAUACAAGGGGCUCAAGUUUUGGGAAAUUGUUCUGCCCCCUCCUCAUCCACCGGUGAUGGUGGGGCCUUCCCACAUAUGGGCACUGCAGGCAGCAGCCCUGACCAGGAGGAACAGCACUUUGGGCAUGGCAGACGUGGAAAGAUUUCCUCCAGAGGUUUCCACAAUGUCCAAAUUCCCAGGACAGACAAUGGGCACUGAUUAUUCAAAGCUGAUUUUUUUUGGCAUCAAAUUAAAAGACAACA